AUGACUAACCAGCCGAGCGCUGGGGCCCCACAAAACCCCCAAGAGGAGGAAAGGGCGCGGGCGCUGAGGGCCUACGUGGCCAAGAUAAAGGAGCACAGGGAGUGGGCUGCCAGGGUCAAGAAACUGAGGGAAGAGACGAAGCUGCAGUCGAAGAAGUACGAAAAGACAGAAGAUGAUUUGAAGGCGCUGCAAGGCGUGGGGCAGCUCAUAGGCGAAGUGCUGCGGCAGCUCGACUCCGAGAAGUUCAUUGUGAAGACUUCGAGCGGCCCGCGAUAUGUGGUCGGCAGCAAACCGAAGCUGGACAAGUCGCUGCUCACUGCGGGGACCCGCGUGGCUCUGGACAUGACGACGCUGACGGUGAUGCGGCGGCUGCAGCGGGAGGUGGACCCGCUGGUGUUCAACAUGCUGCACGAAGACCCCGGGAAUGUGCACUACUCGGAAGUGGGAGGUUUGAGUGAACAAAUUCGGCAAAUGCGAGAAGUAGUUGAGCUGCCGCUGACGAAUCCCGAGCUGUUCAAGCGCGUGGGCAUCAAAACCCCCAAGGGCGUGCUGCUGUACGGCCCCCCCGGCACCGGCAAGACCCUCCUCGCCAGGGCCAUGGCCUCCAACAUGAGCUGCAACUUCAUGAAAGUCGUCGCCUCCGCAAUUGUGGACAAGUACAUCGGCGAAAGCGCCCGCGUGAUUCGCGAAAUGUUCGGCUACGCAAAGGACCACCAGCCCUGCAUCAUCUUCAUGGACGAAAUCGACGCCAUUGGCGGCCGCAGAUUCUCCCAGGGCACUUCUGCUGAUCGCGAAAUUCAGCGGACUCUCAUGGAGCUGCUGAACCAGCUAGACGGCUUUGACGAGCUGGGGCAAGUCAAGAUCAUCAUGGCCACCAACAGGCCCGACGUUUUGGACCCCGCGCUCAUGCGCCCGGGGCGCCUCGACCGCAAAAUAGAAAUUCCGAUGCCGAACGAAAGCGCGCGAAUAGACAUUUUGAAAAUCCACUCCAGCAAGAUUGCCAAGAGCGGCGACAUAGACUUCGAAGCAAUUUGCCGUUUGUGCGACGGCUUCAACGGAGCAGAUUUGCGAAAUGUUUGCACUGAGGCGGGAAUGUUUGCCAUCCGCGCAGACAGAGAUUAUGUCAUUGAAGAGGACUUCUUCAAAGCCGCCAGAAAAAUUGCAGAAAAUAAAAAACUCGAAAGCAAACUCGACUACGAAAACAUUUAA